GCUGGGGCAUCGCGCUCUCAACUCAGCGGAGAGGUGACAGCGACACCAGCGACAGUAGCAGCCACAGCAGCAGCAGCCACAGCAGCAGCAACGAUGCUUUGCCGGAUGCAUCUCGCUCCGUUCGCCUCCAGCUCCCUGGCCAGCCGGCUGGGCACCGUGAGGACCCUCUGGCCGCACGCAGAGACCAUCUUCACCGAACUGCAGCAGGAGAUGGAGAAGGCUCGGGAGUUCAUGAGCAGCUUCGAGCAGCUCCUGACCAGCCACGGAGCCAACACCGCCAUGGAGCGAGCCCCGAGCACCAGCACCGCGCUGGCCCAGGGCUCCGGGGACGGCUUCUCUGUCUGCCAGGACGUGAAGAACUUCGCUCCCGAGCAGCUGUCGGUGAAGGUGGUGGGCAGGAAGGUGGUGCUGGUGGGGCAGAAGGAGAUGCAGAACACGGAUGACAAGGGCUGCUUCUCCUACAAGUACGAGGUGCUGAAGCGGGAAUGGGAUGUGCCCGAGGACGUGGAUGUGGAAGCGCUGAGCUGCUCCCUGUCCAAGGAGGGGCAGCUCCUCAUCGAGGCCCCCAAACUGGCCCUGACGGCCAGCGGGGAGAGGAAUGUGCCCAUCCAGGUCAGCCCUGCAGCACCACAGCCCGGACCAGCCCCUGAGAACGGAGCCACCAACAAAGCCCAGGCGUAAUGGGAGCAGAACCUACGGCUGCAGCAGGACCAGAGCGGAGAGCAGCGAAUCUCGGCUUUUAGCCCAGACAAGCUCCACCAGCAAUUAUAUCUCUCUUUUUUUCACUAUACUGGAAUGUUUUUGUAUCCAAUAAAAAUACUUUUGCAUAGAA